CUUGCGCGGUGUCUUUAGAAAGUUUAGUGGCACGGGAAAUGUGUAAUUCGAAGGAAAAAAAGUUUUUAGAAUUGUAGUGCACAUAUGGGAUAUAGUUACGCGGAAUAAUGAACGUACGAUGACGCUAAUUUUUUUAUUUUUUCUUUAUAGCUUUGGAAAUUUGUUAGUUUAUGCCCAAGAUGAUGAGGGUCCAUACAAAGGAAAAUUUAUCGGAAAAUUUAACAAUUACCAUCAUCAAAUUUCGGGGGAUGUGUACGCGGUGGACGAAUACACGUUGCUUUUGACGAAAUUUAACUACGAUGGGCAAGGAGCGGAUACAUUCUUCUGGGCCGGAGCGGCUAGUAGACCCGGACCGCAAGGUUUCAUUGUCCCCGAUGAAUACGGAAAGACUGACGUGUUACGGUUAUACUUCAACAAGGAUUUCACACUAACCCUUCCGGACAAUAAAAAAAUUACCGAUAUAAAAUGGUUUGCAAUCUACGAUUUGUGGAGUCAAAACACCUUUGGCGACAUCUAUAUACCGGAGGAGUUCGAGCCACCCUCAAUACAGAAGAUAACGCAACUGUCGGGAAAAAUUAACAAAGUCACUUCUGGCACGAUCGAAAUGGUCGACGCCAAAACUAUUCGCAUACCCGACUUUGUGUUUGAUGGCAUCGCGCGCGAGCCGUAUUUUUGGGUGGGCAUCGGCGCCCAACCUGACUCUAAGGGUACGAAAGUUCCUGAUGAAUACGGAUAUCUAGAUCCAUUAAGAACGUAUGAUGGUGUCACGAUAUCAUUAGAAUUACCAGGAGACCUCACCAUUUUCAACAUAGACUGGUUCAGCAUUUACGAUUAUGAGGCCAAGAGAAGUCUUGCAUCUAUUAUAAUACCAAAUGGGCUCAACGUACCUCCAUCUCUCGUAAAAAUUUUGCCACACAAAAGCGAUCUAACAAACUGCUUACAACUGCACAAAAAGUUGCAAGUUUCUUGGGACAUAUUCGGCCCGCAAAUCACCAUUCAACUUGCUGGUCAGGUUGAGGAUAAUGAAUACAUGUCAUUCGGUCUGUCCGGGUCUAGGACAAAGAGUCAAAUGUUGGGAUCGGACGUGGCAAUUGCCCACAUUCACGAAACGCAAGUUUACGCAACAGACUACAACAUCACCGCUCUUACACCGUGUGUAAAAGUGCUCGGGCAAUACAAAGGAGUCUGCAAAGACGAUUUACUUGGCGGUCAAGACAACAAUCAAGUUCACACUGGAGUACGCGAGCAUGGCAUCAGCAUCAUCACAUUCCGCCGAUUUCUGAUUUCACCGGAUAGUGGAGAUUUGGAAUACCCAGAGGAUGGUUCAGAUUAUAUAAUCUGGGCAAUCGGAAGAUUGGACAAAAACCAGGAACCCACGUUUCACGACUACUAUCCCAAGACCAAUAUUAAAGUGGAAUUCAAGAGCAAAGACCCCAUUAUGACCUGCUACCCAUUUACAACGACCGAUCGUCAACUGCUAGAGCCGUGGGAGAAAGGCCAAAUUUAUGAUAGGAACGUUAGACUUUUCCGCGCACAGUUGGGACCAUCAGGUGGCAAGCGGGGAUACCAAGGCCUGACAAAGCAAACUUCCACAACUCUAGCAUGGUAUAUCAACGGUCUACUAGUUCCAGAAAUAUGGAUGAGACGAGGACUAACUUACUCGUUUAAAGUGCACGGAGGCAAUAAUCCCCAUAGUGCGGAGUUGUACCAUCCCCUAAUCAUAACCGAUGAACCACACGGCGGCUUUGAUAGGCUCUCCGAUGAAGCGCAAUCGAAAGUUCGCGUGCUCGCAGGUGUUGAGUAUUCCAGAAGAGGGCGACCCAGGCCCACUGCAGCCGGUUCGCUGUGCAUUGCCGCCCACAAGCCGGAACAAGACCGGAGGCUGGACGAUGAUUUCCUCACGUUUAAAAAAUUCAAUCGUACCCUAAAUUACACGUGUGAUCCCGAGAACAGCCCCGCAACUUUGGAAGUCACCCCAAAUUCAACGUGGCCCGAUAUUGUGUACUACAAUUCUUUCACCCAACCAAAUAUGGGUUGGAAAAUACACAUUGUUGAUAGUUAUAAGUCGGGUUUUGGUAGUUUGAGAGGAAACAUUUUUGGACUAUCUAUGAUUUUAUGCUUGUUAAGCAAUUUUGAGCGAUUGUUUAUUUAAGCAAAUUUGUUUUGUCAUUUUGAUAAUGUGGCUAAGGCUCUAUUUUUAAUUUAAAAAUAUCACCCUUAGAUUUGGAAACAGCACACCUUUCAUACACUUCUGUUUUACUGGGAGAAGACGUGGACAUUUCCUGUUGUUUUUCUUUGAAAGAACAAUAAAUAAAAAAUUGUAAAAUCGUA